UAAACUAUUUGAAUUUUUUUUCUAGGUCUUAAAGAAAGUGCAGAAGAGAUGGUCAAAAACAAGCAGGAGGGAAAGGAUAGACUGACCCCUUGGGAACAGUUUUUAGAGAAGAAGAAAGAGAAAAAAAGACUGAAAAAGAAACAGAAGGCUCUUGCUGAAGAGGCCAGUGAAGAUGAGUUUCCCUCUGAUGUUGAUUUGAAUGAUCCAUACUUUGCUGAAGAGGUUAAAAAAAUAGGUAUGAAGAAAAAAUCAAUGAAAUCUGCAAAGGACAACACAUCUCCAGAGGAAGAAACUGAAAUAGAGAGACAGAAGGCUGAAAUGGCUUUACUUGUGAUGGAUGAAGAAGAAGACAGCAAGACACAUUUCAAUUAUGACAAGAUUGUGGAGCACCAGAAUCUGAGCAAAAAGAAGAAAAAAAAGCUUAUGAAAAAGAAGGAAUUACUUGAAGAUGACUUUGAGGUAAACGUUAGUGAUACACGGUUCCAAGUGAUGUAUACUUCCCACUUGUUCAAUUUGGAUCCCUCUGAUCCUAAUUUCAAGAAAACAAAAGCUAUGGAAAAAAUUCUUGAGGAGAAAGCCCGGCAAAGAGAACAAAAAGAACAAGAACUUUCUCAAGCAGUAAAGAGAGAGCAGGAGCCUGCAAAGUCCUCACAGAAGAAGCUGGUUGAUCCCGCCUUGUCAGUGCUGGUUAAAUCUGUGAAAAGCAAAACAGAGCAGUUUCAAGCCAGAAAAAGACAAAGAGUCAAAUAACUGGGUACUGUUUUGUAUGAUUGAGAAGGCUGGGAAUGAUGCCCUUUCCAGACUGAAAAUACCCUUCUCUGAGCAUUGUAAAAGUUUUCUCCAUAAAGAGUUGUUCUAUUUAAUUGUACAUAGUUGACAGGUUUAUACUGUCUUAUUUCUCCAGAUUCAUAAUAAAAUAAUGUAAUCUGUAA